AAAGAAGCACUUCUCUUCCUUCACAUCGGAAAGUUUUCACCUUUCCGUUUUCGUCGUCGCAAUUUCUAUUCUCCGGCCGAAACCCACCUCUAGGAUUCAAUUUCAGUCUUUCUCAGAUCGAUAAUGCCGAGGCGAAAAGCAAAGAGAGGUGUCAAGCGCACUGAAGAAGAGAAGAAUCACGACGAAGACGACAAGUGUGACAAAGGGAUUCAAAGAGAAGAGAAAGAAGAGGACUUUGUGGAUGAAGAAGUUGAAAGACAAAUUGCUGCAAUUAGGGCAAUACGUGAUGUGGAGAUUGAACACACUUUAACUUCACUGAGGUUGCUUGAAUCAUGUUUCACCGAGGAGCAGCUAGACACUCCUGUGUUAGAGUUCUUCAAAGAGAACUUUCCGGAUUUAUCUAUAAACGAAGUAAAUGGAGAGAUUGAGAUGAAAUGGAUUGACAAAAACGGUGGUUCUUCGUUCAUGGGCAAGGCAGAUGAUGUUGACAUGAAUUAUUCGAUUCUGAAGCGUUUGUCGAUGGGUUUUCCUGAUUUAUACAGUAAUAGGCCGUCUCUUGGUGGCUACGAUUUGCCCUAUAACGUGAGAGCAAGCAUGUUGGGCACUGAGAACAUACAACUCGAGAAUCUUGUCUUUCAAGGGACAUCUAACAACCAAAUGCUUGCAAGCCAUGAUGCUCUUCGGACUCCUGAGGUAAAUGGGCAAAGACUCUCUUUUGGAAUGACACCAAAGACUCGGAGGCAACCGAAACCUGGAGAGAUGAUGCUCUCUGUGCAUGGCUCUCCUCUUGGGGUCUAUAAAGAAGAUGACAACUUGGGAGCUAUAAAUGAGGAAAACAGUUGAAAACAAAAAGCUUCAAAAGGUUCAGACACCUGCAGAUUCUCAUAUUGUCUUAGCUGAAGUUUACAGCAUGUGUAUAUAUAUCUAGUCUAUUCAGAUUUCAAAAACAAAGAGAUACUUGUUGUAGUUAUUUCUUCUCUUUUAUUUUCCCAUGUUAUAAUCUUUCAUCCAAAGAAAAAUUAGUGUAUGUCGCUAUUCUUGACUAAGCUUUCUUGAUUCAGUAGUGGAGCUUUGCCUCAUGUCCAAUCAAA